AUGAUUAUCAAGUCCAAGGUCAAGCUCAAAGACAAGAACGUGGCACUCACGCUUGUGCCCCAGGACUCAGAGGACUUGUGGUAUAUCUAUAACCUCCUCUCCAUCGGCGAUGUGGUUCUGGUGCUCACCCAUCGUAAUGUCAAGAAAGGCAACCAAACAGCCGUCCAGAAAGGCAAGAGCAAGAUGGAGAAGGUGUUGGUCAAGUUGAAGUUGAGUCUCGAGGACAUCGACUACGUUGCGUCCGACGAGGGUAUGCGGUUGAGCGGAAAGUCCAUCGAGCCCCACGAGUUCGUGCCCUUGAACAGUUACCACACGGCAGAGGUCGAACUUGGCAAGGACAUCACCAUCUUGAAGGAGAGCUGGGACCAGUACGACAUGAAGUUGCUCGACGAGCUUGCAUCCAUAGAAAAGAAGGCAGACAUCGGUGCCAUCGUGCUACAAGAGGGAAUAGCCCAUUUCUGCUACGUCACCGAAAGCAUGACCAAGCUCCAGGCCAAGGUGGAAAAGUCAAUUCCAAGAAAGAACAAGGACUACGGAAACAGCGAGGUAGAGAAGGCCAUGAACAAGUUCUACGCCAUGGUCAUCGACACCAUGGUGAGGAAUUUCGACUUCAACAAGUUGAAGGUCAUCAUAAUAGCAUCUCCAGGGUUUGUGGGAAAGACCCUCUACGAGAAAAUCCUCCAAGAAUGCUCCAACUCGAACCACGAGUCGUCCAAGGUCUACAAUGACAUCUUGAAGAACAAGCACAAGUUCUUGGUGGCCCAUUCGUCCACCGGAUACCUCCAGGGUUUGCAGGAGGUGAUGGAAGACCCUGCCACCAAAAAGAGAUUGAGCGAUACCAGAUUCUUGAAGGAAUCGGAGGUUCUCGACCAGUUCCACCUGGCGUUGAACUUGGACGAUGGCAGAGCAUGGUACGGUCUUGACGAGGUCACCAAGGCCAUCGACAUGGACGCAGUCAGGUACUUGAUGGUCACAGAUACCUUGUUCAGAAGUGAUGACAUCCAGCAAAGAAAGGACUACAUUGAGUUGACAGAAAGAGCCAAGCGCAACGGAGCCGAGGUAUUUAUUUUCUCCAGCUUGCACGAAUCGGGCAUUCAACUUGACCAGUUGACGGGAAUAGCUGCGUUGUUAAAGUACCCUGUGCCGGACUUGGACGAUUCUGAUGAGGAGGAAUGA